AUGACUUUACAGGUGGUCAGCUGCUCAGGCUCAGGGGAAAUUUUUUACACAGAUGUGGACAGAGAAGAUACUUAUGGAAGUAACAGAUUUGACUGCCAUUUUGGAACAACGUACAAGGUAAAUAAUCAAAAUAUUAUGUUAAUAUAAAGAAGAAAAAAGUGCAGCUCUGGGGCGGACUCUUCUGGCUCCUUUCCUAUGCCACCACUUAAAGAAGAUUGCAUACUACUUAGAAUUAGUCUAAAUAAAAAUAGAUUUGACGCAUAAUUUAAAGGUCUAUUUCAUAUUGUAUAAUAAUUUAUUUUGAAUGAUAUGAAAAAUUUCCUAAUUGCAUUAUGACUUUGUGUAAGACAAUUACUUUACUAUAGCAGGCUAAAAUUAUUUUAUACAGGUACUCAUCUCGAUAAUCUACAUGUUUAAUGACAGUUGAACUUACUUCAAAAUAUUUUUUUUCAAGAAUGCAUUAAUCAUUAAGGAAUAUUUUUUUAGCUUCUGGUUGUUCCAAAUGAAGCAGCCACUUUUUUAUCCUGUGGCGAUGAUGGAACCGUGAGAUUCUUUGACUUGCGAACCAAAACAAGUUGCUCAAAGUUCAACUGUGAAGAGGUAGGUAUUAAUUAAUUUUUUUUAAAAGUUUUUCUUCCAUGGAGUUAGUAAUUGUUAAUUAAUUUUUUAAAUUAUUUCUGUUUGAAAUUUGGCACAAAAAAUUUAUUUACAAUUUUACAUUGCUGCAAUAUUGUUUCCUGUUUAGUAUUGUUCUGUAUUGCCACCCAUUUCCUGUCUUUUCUUCUCUUUUCCAUUUUUGUGAUAAACUAUGGGCCACAUUAUUUCCUUUCUUUCCUUUUACUUUCUUAGUUGGUAGAAUAUAUGGUCUAAUUAUUUUGUAAACUUUAAUUUUAAUUUAUGCACGUUUUUUUUACUCUACUCAUGAAGGCAUAGCGGAAAAAUCUUAAAUUUCUAUUUUGUCCUUCAAUUAAAGUUUAACUUUGCUGUGUUACACAAAUUUUUUGUGAUAUAUUAAUGGUCUUAAGCUUUAUCACAAUCCAUUGUUAAUAAAUAAUUAGUUUCUCUUUUUACAGGAUGUUGUGAUACAUUUGAGCAAUGCAGUGACUGCUAUGGCCGUAGAUCCAAUUAUACCCUUUCAUCUAGCUGUUGCGUCAUCAGAUGGUAUUGUUAGACUGUACGACAGAAGAAUGCUGAAGACCAGGGAGACAGGAGGUGCUGCUUUAUGACUAAAUCACUUUAAAGUUUGCAUUUAAAAUUUCUUAAAGUCUAUUCGAGUAAAUAUGUACUUAUUUUUUAUAGAAUCUGUGUUAAAGUUAUUUUACGCUGGGGUUCAAUUUGCCAACGAAAAAAAAUCUUUAAGGGGUAAAUUAGGCGGUCUGUAUGAAAACUUAAUACAAAUAAUAUUUCAGUGCCUUUACACAUUAGUUAAUUACUUGCCAAUGCUGUAAUUCACUCAAUUUAGGUCUUUCUUUAUGGCUAAAUUUAUUCAUUUUAGCAUGAUUUAAGCUGAUUUGUCAUAAUUUUACUACAAGUGUACAGUAAAACAAGUCUAUUGCAUAUUGAUUACGCUCAAGUAGCCAUCUAUCAAACGUACAAAGUUGUAUCCGCUUGUUUAUUUCAGGCAGCAGUGACAGUUUGAUAGGUAAAUUCCCACCACCAAUGACUAAUAGUGAGAAAAGACACUACAGAAUCACUUCCCUUAACUAUAGACAAGGGUCCCAUGAUGUUCUCGUUAAUUAUUCUUCAGAAAACAUUUACCUCUUUAACACAUACGAAAUCAACAAACAACAAUGCUACACAGCUGGGGUAAGGAGAGAAACAUCUAUAAAUGAAAGUUAAUUUAUGUUCUAAUCUAAGACUGUAUAAAUGAAAUUUGAUUAGAUUCUAAUCUAAGACCCUAUAAAUGAAAGUCAUUUUAGCUUCAAAUCUAAUCACAAGAAAAUCAUGAUGAAUCAGUGUUUAGAGUAACUUAACUAUGUCUUUCCAGAUGUGCCUGCUGUCAGUUAUUUAUUUGAGAGCACUAUUUCAAAUUUUUUAGAUAGAAAUACUUCAUUUAAGCAUAAAUGUUUGAUCCAUUUACCACUUAUUGUGCAUUUAUUUGUGAUGUAAGGUUGGCUUUAGUGCAUCAUCCAGCCAACCUGUGGCUGGCCCCAGCCAGGACAUAGCAGAUGGAGUUGGUCCAGAAAAGGCCAGCGUUGCACAGGCUUCAACCGAUAAUGGGUCAGACAAUGAAAGUGCUUUCAAGCCAAUUAAACGUCUACGGCUAAGAGGGGAUUGGUCGGACACAGGACCUGAUGCUCGCCCUGAGAGUGAAGAACCAGGUAAAAAUGGAAUUUUUAUUUGUGAAAUAAUUUUGGCUGCAAAAUAAAUGAAUACUUGGAAAUCACUUAUAUGAAAAUUUUGUUCAAAUUAAAGCUAAUAUUGAUAAUUUAGAUGAAAUAUUGUGUGCACAUUUUUAUUCUAGUUAAUGGAAUAUAGAGUUUAAAACUUUGAGACCUUGUUACGUCAUGCCAUAUUAUAUUUCACUUACUAUUUAAACCAGAAAAGAAAUGGUGGUGCUGGUUUCAAGUACUUUUAUUUUUUACUUUAUUUAUUUAUUUAUUUAUCUAUUUCAAUUUGGCCACACACACACAUAUAAAAUAUUUUUAUGCUUCCUUCCUUGUCAUUUGUUAAACUGCUUCAUAUGUUUGCUUCGCCAGCUCUGACAAAUACUAUUAUGCAGCGUAUGUCAGAUCUUCUUACCCGCAUGUUGAAUAGUCGCAGUGAUAGAACUGAAAGUCAAGAGGACGCCCAGGGAGAAGAUCCAGAAGCGGCCACAGAUGUCUGUAAGAAAACCUGGAAAAGUCUUUGCUAAAUAUCAUUUAAUUAUGUACUUAGUGGUGUCCACAAAGAGCUGGCCAUUUUGUGCAAAAAGGGGAGGCCCCUUUUAAUAACUUAUAAUAUGGACAAAUGUUAGUAAGAUGUGGUUUCAAAAGAUAUUUUCUGUUUUUUAAAAUAACAUGUAAAUACAUUUUGAAGUAUUGAACUCUACAAUAUUCUUAAGCUCCAUCAUGCAGCAGUUUAUCAAAAAAAGUGACACGCACUAAUUUUAGCACUCGACAUGAGGAAAAUAGUUUGUUUUUUUAAAUCUCCAUUUAUAGAUACACUCCUAUCUCCAUUGUUAAAAUUGUUGGCAGAAAUCUCUAGGUCAACUGGAUGCUGCAUUGAAAAUCAUCUACACUUCUUUGUGUUAUUUACUGCAAAACGCAAACAGUGAUGGUACUAAAACCAGUUUUUCAGACAUUCUGUGCCGUUUUUUAAACACGGCUGCCAACUAAACUACCAUAUACUGUGUAGCACAAAAUCAUUGUUGCAAACAAGCAUGUUUACUUGGGGUUAAAAAAGUAUUUGUAACCUUAAGGUUAAUUUGUUCAAGCUCAUCACAAACUUGUUAACUAUAAUAGUAAAAUAUGAUCCCAACUCGUCUGUGUAACAACCUAUCUGUAUUCCUCAUUCUACAUUCUUUUUAUACAUCACUCACUCCAUUUCUCUAACCAAUAUUCACACAUUUAAGUUUAAACAUUCAUGAAAACAACUCAGCAUGUCCAAUCAUACAACAUGACAACGACACAGGCCAAUCAGGUCACAAACUUCACUCAAUGCACACAACAAUAAUCGUCGGUCAUUCAUACUAUCACAUUAACAGUUCAAAAAUUUGAUAAAAUAUACUUGCAAGGUGUUAAUCUUUUUAGUUUUUUUUUGUCUAGCAUUAGUGGAGGAUGACCUUGAAGUCCCAGAUUUUGCUGUCGCCCAAGAAACGACGGUUAUUUCUGACAAAGACAAACCAGUUAAUGAACGGCAUGAAAACACACCCUCGGCUCAGUUUUCAAUAUCCAGCGAGGGUGUGGUAUCUUCUGAAUGCUUGUAUCCAGAGCGUGAAAGUUUUGAUGUGAAUAACCCCGACAGACCAACAACUAGCCAGUAUGAUGCCAGUAAAACCCAACAAAAUACAAUGUCAGACAGUAAUUCAUUGCAUGAUGUACCAGAAAAGAAUUUGGAUAAUUGUUUGACAUCAGGCUUAGAUUCCACUGGUUGCCAAGUUGCAAUUGAAAUCAAUUCUUGGGAAGAUCCCAAAUGUGUUGCAGAGAAAUCUUGCACAGACCAAGAGACAAAGAGAAAAAGCUCUAAAAAAGUAGAGGUUGCCGAUGAAAAAGUUGUCUCAGAGAGAGACAUGAUCACACACAGGGGCUCGGCCGACACAGGGAAAAAUGAUGCGCACAUGGAGGGAGCAUCCACAUCAUUGUGUGCCUUCAGUGGCCCAGUAAAAACUUUUGUGAACAUUGACUCUAGUUCUGAGAGUAAUGAUUCUAUUUCUGAUCAGAUGUCAGUCAAUCUUUACAUUGCGCAAGCCCAAAACUGGAGCCCACAAAGUUUUGCAGAAGAUUUCCAUUUCUCAACAGAAACAACUUCGUCAAGCUCUUCAGUGGUAAUCCAUCCUACUCGUUCAUCAACCAUUUCACGUAACUCUCCUCCACCCCAACCUUUCAAUUCACCGUCCACUCCUCGACCUAAUAACCCCUUAAUGUCGCAAUCGUCUGCCACCCGUAAGCACUUGACCCCAUGCACUCCAGCCCCUUCUUCCUCCUCAGUCACCCUCACCCCCGGCUCCUCUCUCUCACUGCUCGAUUCAGCUAAUCCUAUUGCACCUCCUGUAGAAUCCCUGCUUCAAUAUCAAGUGUCAUCUGCCUCAGAACUUGUGCUUGGUCAGUUGGAUCUUGUUCAUGACAGUAAGAAAAUUCAAAAAGAGUAUCCAAGCUGGACAGUCCAACCGGUUUUCACUUGGACAACAGAUCAAAUGUCUCCACUCACAAAAUCUUCAGAGUCAUCUACAGUUUCUUCCCCUUCUUAUUCAGACAGCCCUUUUGCCAUUGCUGAGGGGGCUAUCAGUGGUUUUGAAGGAAAUGAGACCCUCAAUGAUGUACUGAGUUUGUCAUCUACACCUGUGAGUAACAUCCAUUCUAUAUCUGAGCUCACUCCGUCCUCUAUCAACACUGCAGAUUUCAACAGUAAAUCAUCCACUUACCAUACCACAGCUUUACUGGAGCAGGUCGGUGCUCUGAGUCAGUCGGCAUUUCUUUCAAAUCGCAAGACUCAUCGAUCAGUUUCUAAGUCAACCCCACACAAUGUGCAUCUGUCUAAUGACUCCUGGGGCCAGACAGCCGCAUCAUGUUCAACUGAUACAAACAAUGGUGAAAACUGUCCUAAAGCUUCACCUGUCCCACACAACAGUCAGAAAAUUGAAACUGUGGAAAUGGAAGCUGAUGACGAAGACCCGGGCAUUUGUUCAGUUUGUGGCGUAAAGUUGAAGAGAGUUGGUGAAGAACUGAACCGUUCAAGUUUAAAAUUGUCACUGUGUAAACAAUGCCAUGGCAGGACUAUUGAAAACUUACCUAAGUUCUCCAGUAAAGACCACCAACAUUUACCCAGCAUGACAUCAGAAAAUAUUUUAAAUCAAGAUGGGUCACAGACAGCAAUCUUGUUAAAGACUGAACCAGAGAAUGCCACCCUUGAAUUUGGUAAAUCUGAUAUGGAUAAACCUGAAUCUCCAUCUGCCACAGGUAUUGUCAUCAAAGAAAUACAAGGCAAAGGUAAAUCUAAUCUAAAGGCCAAAAAAUCUGGUGCUAAAGCUGACAAAUUUGCUCCAUACAACAGUGGUAAAAUGAUGAUUUCAACUGAAGGAACGGAAACCUCUGCUCCUAGUUUUCCUCUUUUGGAAACAUCAUUUGAAGUGCCCUCAACGUCAAGUAUACCAUCUAUCGCCACAGUUUAUACACGUGGGCACAGCUCAGAAACUUUCCCUAGUCAGUAUGUCAUCCAAGAUUCAACAGGCACAGCUAUCUCAAGACAGCCUGAACGUGUCAUCCAUGAUUCACCAGCAGAUGAAGAAGAUCAGGAACGGCCACCAAAAGCACUUUACCGUCUGCCAGGAUUGAAGUCAUCCUCUCAAGGUAUCAAAUUUGAAAUUAUUCAUAAUUUUUUUACAGAAAGAAUGUUACUAUAUUGUCUGUGAACAACCUAUUAUUAGUUUAUAUGAAAGUUAAGACCAGUCCAUGGAAUUCUAAAAUUUAAAAAAAAAAGUAUUGAGAAUGCUCUUAGGCCUUGCAAGUCAAGAAGAUGCAACCAGCUAAACAAGAAUGAUCUCUUCACUCCAAAGCCUUCCCAAUUGUGUUAUGAAGCAGGUUUACUCACUAAGGGGUACAUAGAAUAAGUCAGCAGAAAAACACAAAUAAAUAACAAGAUGAGAUACAGUGACAACAAAUCAUAUGAAAAUCUUUAGGGAUCCAUUUUUGCAGAUAUGGCACAAAGCAAAUUGCGCAGUAUACAUUUUUAAAUGACUGCAUCCAUGCACAGGGGACACACCCAAAUAACAAUUUAUUUAUCUUCAUGAGGAUAGAGGCAAAGUAAUCUAAUUUGUAUCCAUCAUUAGGUUUUGAGCAGCGCAGGCGUGUAGGUUACAGUUUACCACCAACAGGUAACUUUCAACUGCACAGUGACGAUGAUAUGGAUGAAGAUGAUGAUCAGGAUGAGGGUGAUGAUGAGAGCCACAUGCACACAAGAAGAAAGUAAGAAUACUUUUCAAGAAAAAAAAAAGAUACAGUGACUAGCUGAAUAAAAUAUUAUAUUUUGCAUCACUUAAAUUUAAUUUUUGCUUCUGAGGUAAGGUAUAAAAAAAAAUUGUUUAGAUUGUCCCAUGUUCAUCAGUGACAAAAUCAUUUUUUUGGUCCUUAUCAAGCCUUGAAAUGCAUUUUUUUUUAUGAUUAAGUGAAUUGAAACUACAUUUUGUUUCUCAUGAGGUUGUAAUCACAACUGCCAAGUGCUUUGAUUAGUUAAGAACUUAAAAUGUUUUCUCGUUGGUACGCUUGCCCAUCUACAGGUCCUGCAUAAAGUUUUCUUUUUUAAAAAACUAAAAUCUCCUCCAAUUCAGUAUGGCCUGAUGUUCUUAACCAUUGAUCUUAAGCUCAACAUUGACAAUGAAUUUUUGUAUUUAAAAAUUCUUUGUUGCAAUGGGUUUCACUCUUAAAUUUGGCAUCUGUUGCUCUAAGAGUUUUAGAGUUGAUAAUAAAUUAAAAUCCUUUUUUUGCUAAAGGAAUCCAAUACAGGAUCAAGAGUAACUGGCUUUUUCUAAAUUAAAAUUUAAAAUAUUCCUUGUUGCCUUGAGUUGAGAUAAUGGAUAAAUAUUUUAUAACACACUUGAAACUUAAAGAGGCAAAAAAAUGGAGAAAAUGCUUGAUUGCAUGAGAAAAGCUUCUUACUUUAUUAAGAAAUUUUUUUUUUUUUUUUUUUCCAAGAUUAAAAUUAGAAAAAGAAAGAUUGAGUGUGGCGGCUCAAAAGAUCCAGUCUGUCUAUAGGAAAAAACGGGAAGCAAGAGAAAUGGCAAAAAUGGUGGAGGUUCCCCAGCCGCGGAUGAUAAUGAAAUAUUCUGGUCAUCGUAACUGUAGAACCAUGGUAUGAAUUUUAGUUAUAAUUAUAUAUGGUAAUAAUAGUGUUAUAAACAUUCAAAUCCAACCCCUCACUUUACAAGUAAUGGGGUGGAUAUAAUCAUAAAUGUAGUGCAUGUUAAUUCAUUAUUUAUCAACUGUUGUAGGAAGAUAUGCCGCCAUUACGUAAUUUUUUACAAUUACUGAAACAAUUGUAUACGAGGCAUAAAAACAUGUAUGUCAUAGAAUUAAAGCAUAACCCAAAAAGUAUGUGAAAGUUGAGUUGGACAUUAUUUUAUUUGAGACUGGAUAAAUAAACUAAAGCAAAAUAAUGAGAUAACUGUAGCUACAUCACUUUUCCACCUGCUGCAGCUUUUUCAAAGACUUUAUACAAGCAUACAGGUACCUGGAAGCCGUUUAGUGGAUGAAUGUAUUUUGAACUAUGUUAAGGCUUUUGAACAUGCUCCGGUACAUGAACUCAGUACCAUGGCAUGCAUGCAGACCUCCUGUUUUAACAGCUAAAUUUUUUCCAGAUCAAAGAGGCCAACUUCUAUGGUGAACAUUAUGUGAUUUCUGGCUCGGACUGUGGACGUCUGCUGGCCUGGGAAAGAGAGACUGGAAGAAUGGUCAUGUAUAUGGAUGCAGACAAACAUGUGGUCAACUGUGUACAGCCAAAUUUAUUUGUGCCAGGUAUCCUUUUCUUCUGCCUGCACCAAACAAAUUAUUUGGUACCAUUAUAUUUGUUGUAUUUGUAUCAUGUUCUGAACCUAGAUAGCCUAGCAGUCGUAGAAAUGGCUUCAGCGUGCAUUUUAUUCUCCAAACAAUGGCUUAUAUUUUGGAGUUUAUGGACCUCUUAGCUCUUUAAGGCUUUGCUUUCUUUGGUAUUUUCCUUCAAGUCACUCAGAACACACUGAGCCCCCUUAUCCAACUGAGGUUGGGACAUUGCAAUGGAUCAAACUAAUUAAUUUGGCUUACUGCUAUGUUCUGUGAGCAAAAAUUACUCUCAUUAGUGCAAGUGCACAAACUUAUAACUGCAGUUAUGGAAAUAAUUAUACAGCUAUGUUAUUUAUUUUAUUGUUGGAAGGAAACAAAAAAAAAUAUUGUGUUUUCACCUCUAUGAAUAAUUUACAACAAAUAACUACUAUAUUGAAAUUGAGUUAAGCUGAAACUUAAAUGUUAUUGUAGGAUAAUGACCCCUUUUUUUUUUUUUUUUUUUUUUUUAAUAAUUUUUAAAAAUUAAAAAAUUACUGGAUUUUCACAAAUCAUAAUAAAUCUUAUUUUAUGAUACAAAUAGGCUGUAGUGGAAGUAAAUGUUACAUUGUGAUAGAGGCACUGCUUUUUCUAAGAGAUGAGGUGCUUAUGUCUAUUUGUGUUAAUUUUACUUAAAUGCUGUCAAAUUUACAGGUUGACAUAUCUGAGCAUAAUUCAUAAGUGAGACAAAAGUUUUUUUGUUUUUUUUCCAAAGCAUUGUUAGUAAUAAGUAAAUAUGUUUUUUUGUUGUUUUUUUAUUGUUUUCAGUGAUAGCUUCUAGUGGCAUUGAUUAUGACAUAAAGAUUUGGAGC